AGACGCAUUCAGACCUCUGAAGUAUGUCAGUCGUCGCACUUGUUGUUGGCCGUUGUUAAAUUGUUUUCUAUUCUCUUGUGUAUUUUAUGUUUUUUUUUUUUUUGUUUUUGCGUGCUUUCCGUAUAUGUUAUAGUGUGUGUGUGUGUGUAAAGAGUAAUAAUAGCAAAACACAUCUUCUAUUAAUAAAACAAAAAUUACAAAAAAAUAAGCAACAAAAAUACGCGCAAAACAACAAACGAAAAGGUGAAUUAAGUUAAAUAUUUGGUUAACUGCAAGUUAGAAACUAGUUAACAAACUACAACCUUAACAACCGUUUAUUGAACCAUAAAGAACAAGAAAAUGGUACAAGACAUUGCACCAUGGAAGGUGCUAACACGACGCAAAAAUCUACCGGCCGAUGGAACUGAGGGAGAGACUAAAUUGAAUCGUGUCUUAGGUUUCUGGGAUUUGACAGCCUUGGGUGUGGGUUCCACAUUGGGUGCUGGUGUCUAUGUUUUAGCUGGACAAAUAGCUAAAGAACAAGCUGGACCGUCGGUAAUGAUAUCAUUUGCCAUAGCAGCUUUGGCAUCUCUUCUGGCAGGUAUUUGCUAUGCCGAGUUCGGAGCUCGUGUACCAAAAGCUGGUUCCGCCUAUAUCUAUAGUUAUGUUUGCAUUGGCGAAUUUGUGGCAUUUGUAAUCGGUUGGAAUUUGAUAUUGGAAUAUGUAAUCGGCACAGCAGCUGUAUGUCGUGGCAUUAGCUUGUAUCUGGAUUCAUUGAUCAAUGAUACAUUGAAGACAACAUUCGAGGAAAUUGCCCCAAUGGAUGUAAAUAUAUUGGGCGAUUACUUUGACUUUUUUGCCUUUUUAUUGGUCAUGGUGUUUGGCAUUGCCUUGGCAUUUGGUGUGCAAACUUCAACAAUGUUGAAUAAUUUUGUUACAUGUUUGAAUAUAUUUAUUCUGGGCUUUGUUAUUGUUGCUGGAGCUGUUAAAGCGGACUUUUCCAACUGGACCAUAGAUGUUAGCCAAGUGACUACUAACGUGACCGAUAUUGGUCAAGGUGGUUAUUUUCCAUAUGGUUUUCAGGGUACACUUCAGGGUGCAGCUACUUGUUUCUUUGGUUUCGUUGGCUUCGAUUGCAUAGCUACGACUGGCGAAGAAGUCCAAAAUCCUCGCAAAAAUAUACCAACAUCCAUUUUACUAUCAUUGCUCAUUAUAUUCCUGAGCUAUUUUGGCAUCUCAACUGUAUUGACCCUGAUGCUGCCGUAUUAUGAACAAGAUGCCAAUGCACCACUUCCAUAUGCCUUUGAGCAUAUUGGUUGGCCUGUGGCCAUGUGGAUUGUGACAAUUGGUGGUUUAAUUGGCUUGCUGGCAAGUCUUUUUGGUGCUCUCUUCCCAUUGCCACGUGUCAUCUAUUCGAUGGCUCAAGAUGGUCUGCUAUUCCGUUCGUGGGGUAAAAUAAGUCCCAAAUAUCGUGUGCCCGUUAAGGGAUCCAUUGUGGCGGCUAUUUUUACGGCCUUUAUUGCCGGAUUCUUUGAUUUGGCUCAAUUGGUUAGCCUCUUAUCGAUAGGCACUCUAUUGGCCUAUAGUGUGGUGGCCAUAUCCAUUACCAUACUUCGGUAUAUGGAAUAUAGUGAGUCAUUUUCGGUUCCCCGACAAAAGCCAUCGACGGAAACUACAUCCUUGACCACCAUGAGAUCACAUCGCUUCACUUGGGGUGGAGUAUUUAAGCAGUUGUUCAAUGUUAAUCGAUUGGAAGAGCCAAAUUUGAUUUCCACCCGCAUUGUGGGCGUGUUGGCAACAUUAUUUUGCCUACUUUCGUUGGGUGUGGGUUUUAUAAUCACUUUGGCUAUGCCCUCUAUCAAAGAAUUACAAGCUUGGGCCUUGACUCUAUUGAUACUCUUUGCGGUCCUGAUUUGUGUAGUACUUGUACUCAUUUGCCUGCAGCCUCGUGAACCACGAAGUGGCCUGUUUCGUGUGCCAUUUGUGCCUCUGGUGCCAGCCAUAAGUAUAUUCAUUAAUAUCUAUUUGAUGUUACAAUUGGAUAGUUGGACUUGGAUACGUUUCGGUGUAUGGAUGAUAGUUGGCAUACCUACGUAUAUUGCAUGCUGGUUUUUGUAUGAUGCCAAAAAUCCUCGUGAACGUAAUCCCGAAAGGAUUGCCUAUUACAAAGAAUUGAAAUUAUAUUUUGAUCCACCCAAUAAGGGUACAUCCGAACAGAGUGUUUUAACGCAAUCAACAUCAAUUAAACGUAGUCCUACGAGUAGCUUAGAUCAAAUACAUACACUAAGUGAAAUAGGUGAUGAUUUAAUUGAAAUUCGUCAACAUUCAUCGAAUGGCAAAUUAUUCUAUGUGGAGGAGACAAAAAAUGAUGAAAAUUCCACGGUCAUGUCGAAUGGCAGCGUUGGCCUUGGCGGUGAAGAUGAACGUUCUGUUAUAGCCAUGCUGGAUGAUGUCCUUGAGGCUGAAGAUAAUGCCCAACAUGAGCAUAUAUUUGAGCGUAAUUUCAGUUUAGAUUCCGAAAUGUAUCCCAGUGUCAUUGAGACAACCAUAGUGGCCACUGUCCAUAAUAGCAGCAGUGAUGAGGAGCUAACCACCACCAACAACAACAACAACAACAACAACAAUGAUAAUAAUGUAAAAUCAUUUCAAUUGAAUCGUUACGAAGAAUACCAAAUUGUGGCCAAAGAGAUGUUAGAGGAAAUGUUUAAUAGUGUGGCAUUCUAUCAGCAAUUGGAAAUGGCAAGAGUUGUCAAAUUUGAGGUGAAAGAGUCAUCAAAUGAACUGAAACGCAUCGAAUCGGGCGAUUCAAUUGUCGAUGAUCCAUUGCAUUCGGAAAACUUUAAGAAUCGCUUAAGUAACCUAAUUCUAAAUGCCAGUGGGCAGGCGGCUGCAGUGGCGGCGGCUAAGAUUAACAACAAGAAAAUUGAUGAACCUGAGGCCAAUAAGCCCGAGGUAAGACAGCUGCGACCCCCGUUAAAGCAAUCGAAGAGUGAAACCGAUUUGCGUCAGUUAAUGCUCAAGGCCAUAAACGAACUGAAAACACAUGAUAAUGAGGAAGCGUCAGCUUCAACGUCAGCAGCAGCAGCAGCAGUAGCAGCAGGAAUAGUUACAGCUGACUCAAAUGUUAAGGCAUCCACUUCCGUUGCCGUUGCCACUGCCACUGCCACUACUUCUUACCAUAUUCCCCGUGCACCGAAAUUUGAUCCGGUUUUGUACAAGACCAUAAACAGUAUUAGUUUGCACAAACAACGACCCACUUUUAGUAAAGAGCUCGUUGUGGAUGCCAGAAACUUGGAGGUAGCAGCAGCAGCAGCAGCAACAACUACUGCAGGCAAAGAAGAGCCAUCAUCACCGGAACUAGAACUAGAGUCGUUGCCAUUCAAAGCAAAAUUGGAGGCCAUAUUGCGACGUGGACCCUCGCAUCCUACUCAAAGGCAACGUCCGGGCGCCAACAUUCGUCGAAGACCGCAGUCAACGCACAUCGAAGAGAUGGCUGUGGGGGAAACUGGAGACCCAAAUAACAAAUAGCACAAGGAUGAGUGUGAUGGAAUCAAACCACCCACCCAUCUAACCAACUAACCAUCCAACCAUCUAACCAACCAGUAGCCGCCAAAGCAGCAGUAAAAAGUAGUAGUUUAGACUGUAGCAAUAUGAAUGUAAAUGUAGUUAGAUAGUUCCGCUAAAUUGCCCGAGUUGCUAUACAAAAUCGUAUUUAGUUAAAUGUAAAGCAAUUCUAAAUGAUAAGUAUAACUAAGUAAAGUGCACACUGGCAUUGCGUAAGGAGUUAGGGGAACAUAGCAGAAACUUACUUAACUAAUUCUUAAUUCUAAAUUAAAAGUAACUCCUAGCUAUAGAUAAAAAUCGUAUUUACAUAAAGGGUGACUAAUAAUUCAAUCACUUUUCAUUUAAAUUGAUUUUUAUUUUCAAUUUUUUCAACAUUUUCCCAAAUUUCCAAAAAUUGUGAAAUGCAGAAGCAUUUGCUCUAGUUGAGAAGGGCUGGCUCUUCUCAUUUAUGUAUAUGUAUUUUGAGCUCAUAUUAUCCUAAGAUUUGAAAUUUCAAGGCUAAAUUGUUGUUAAGCUUGCAUGUGCAUUUAUUUUUCACAACACUAGUCGCAAUUACUAACUAAUUAAAUAAUAUUGGUAACGAAAUUGAAGACUAUA